CUAGCAGCUGGUUGGAGCGACUCCCUUUCCUCCUUUGCAGCUUUCAGCCUGGAGAGGAACUCGGAGACUGGGCUCCGCUGAGCCCUUUCGAUAUGACAAUGUUCUCCUCCAACCAUCGCCACCUGACGACCCUCCAUGGCGGCUGCGUCCUCCGCGCUGUUCCAGCUGCCGCCUGGUCCAACCCUCUGUGCCUGUCGCCUCCAGAGCCGCUACCAACCUUCUGCCCCAGAGACUGAUGACAGUCGGCUUGGGGGCACCAUGAGAGGAGAGAAAAACUACUGCCGCGGAGCUGCCGGCGACCACAGCUCCUUCCCCCGGACACCGUCUCCUCUGGCCUCGACCCUCUUGAUGCCGGCGGACGCAGUCUCCAGCAGUUGGUCUGGGUCUGGAGGUGUUUUGUCAGCGGGAGAUGAAGAAGAAACUCGGCUCCUACAACUGCUCCGCGCUGCUCCGGAUCCUUCCGAGGCUUUCCAGGCUUUGCAAGCGGCUUUGCCUCGGCGCGGGGGCCGACUUGGCUUUCCCCGACGGAAGGAAGCUUUGUAUCGGGCCCUAGGCCGAGUCCUUGUGGAAGGCGGCAGUGAUGAGAAGCGACUUUGCCUACAACUUCUCUCGGACGUUCUCCGAGGCCAGGGGGAGGCAGGCCAGCUGGAAGAGGCCUUUAGCUUAGCACUUCUGCCUCAACUAGUAGUCUCCUUACGAGAAGAGAAUCCCGCCAUGCGGAAGGAUGCCCUGCAAAUCCUGCAUAUAUGCCUGAAACGUAGUUCUGGCCAGGUGCUGAGGACACUUAUCCAACAAGGACUAGAAAGUACGGAUGCCCGCCUUAGAGCUUCCACAGCCCUCCUGCUACCUAUCUUGCUUACUCCUGAAGAUUUGUUGCUCGGCCUCGAUCUUGCUGAGGUAAUAAUAUCCCUAGCGCGAAAGCUCGGCGAUCAGGAGAUAGAGGAAGAAGCAGAGACCGCCUUCUCAGCUCUCCAACAAAUUGGGGAGCGACUUGGCCAAGAGAGGUUUCAAUCCUACAUCUCUCGCCUGCCUUCUGCCUUGCGGAGACACUACAAUCGCCGCUUGGAGUCACAUUUUGGAAGUCAGGUUCCUUAUUAUCUGGAACUUGAAGCCGCUGGAUUUCCUGAAGAGCCCCUUCCCUGUGCAGUGACUCAUUCCAACAGCAAUCUUAAAUUUGGAAUUAUUCCUCAGGAACUGCAUUCAAGAUUGUUGGAUCAAGAAGACUAUAAAAACAGAACUCAGGCCGUUGAAGAACUAAAGCAGGUGCUGGGAAGAUUUAACCCUAGUUCGACGCUUCAUUCUAGUCUUGUCGGUUUCAUUAGCUUGCUGUAUAAUUUGUUAGAUGAUUCCAACUUCAAAGUGGUCCAUGGCACACUCCAGGUCCUGCAUUUACUGGUUAAUCGCCUUGGAGAACAGGCACAACAGUUCUUGGGCCCAAUUAUAGCGGCUUCUGUCAAAGUGCUGGCAGACAACAAGCUAGUGAUCAAGCAAGAAUACAUGAAAAUCUUCCUCAAGCUGAUGAAGGAAGUAGGUCCUCAACAGGUGCUAUGUUUACUCCUGGAACAUCUCAAACAUAAGCAUUCCAGAGUGAGAGAGGAGGUGGUGAACAUUUGCAUCUGUUCCCUCCUGACCUAUCCCAGUGAAGAUUUUGACUUGCCCAAAAUGUCUUUUGAUCUCGCCCCAGCUCUUGUAGAUAGUAAACGCAGGGUACGCCAAGCAGCUUUAGAAGCCUUUGCUGUGCUGGCAUCAUCAAUGGGCUCAGGUAAAACCAGUAUCCUUUUCAAAGCUGUAGAUACUGUUGAACUACAAGAUAAUGGAGAUGGAGUGAUGAAUGCUGUUCAGGCUAGAUUGGCCAGGAAAACCCUUCCAAGACUGACAGACCAGGGAUUUGUGGAAUAUGCAGUACUCAUGCCAUCUUCUGCCCAGUGCAGGUCAAGCCAUUUAGCACACGGAGCAGAUACAGACUGGCUGUUGGCUGGCAACAGAACACAGAGUGCACACUGUCACUGUGGCGAACACACGAGGGAUAGUAUGCAAGUUUACGGAUCUUACAGUCCAACUGUUUGUACCCGAAGGGUAUUAAGUGCUGGAAAAGGAAAAAAUAAAUUACCAUGGGAAAAUGAGCAGACUGAGGUGGAGGGAGAAAACCAGACUUCCAAUGCCAAAGAUACAGAGCAGUUCUCAGCAUAUGAUUACAUCUCAUCUCCAAAGUUAAAGCCCUCUCAAGGAAUGUCAGUCAAUGAUGAUUUGUGUUUUAGCAGAAAAAGAGUGUCAAGAAACUUAUUUCAGAAUGGCCGAGAUUGUAACCCAGAUUCUCUUCCUAUAUGUUCUGGUACUAAUGGAACUCAUCAAGCAAAUCUGUCUGGGAAAUGUGGACAAUUUGGAUUUUCACAGAUAUGUGGUAAAACUGGCAGUUUGGAGUCUGAUUUACAGUUUCUGGGGACAACUAACAGUCAUCAAGAUAAAGUGUAUGCUAGCCUAACUUCUGGCAGUAAGAUGCAGCAAGCAUUUGGUAGUCAAACAGAGCACACUUUUUCAUACUCUGGUCCAAAUCCAAGUUCAGGAGCCUUCAUCCUUCCAUCCUAUCCUCUCUCAUCACCCCGAACUAGUCCAAAGCACACAACUCCUCUUACUGGAUCUCCAAAGAAGUGUCAAGAUAAUUCCAUUAAUUUUUCAAAUUCCUGGCCUCUUAAAAGUUUUGAAGGACUGUCAAAGCCAAGUCCACAGAAAAAACUUGUCAGCCAAAAAUCAUCUGACCCUACAGGUAGACAUGAUGGAGAAAAUUCUCAAGGGAAACCUCCAGUUCAACUGGCACCUGCUUUGGUGAGAUCACCGUCUUUCAGACGAGGCCUAAACGGGACAAAGCCGGUGCCUCCCAUACCAAGAGGAAUAAACCUUUUGCCUGAUAAAGCUAAUUUAAGCACAGUGGGAAACAAAAAGAAAGAACCUGAUGAUAUGUGGAAGAAUGAAAAAGAUAGUCUUGCAGUUGAUCUCUCCGAAUUAAAUGUUACAGAUAAAGAUUUGGAUCAAGAAGAGAUGCAGAGUUCCCUUAGAUCCCUUCGGAAUAGUGCGGCAAAGAAAAGGGCAAAACUGAGUGGCAGUACUUCUGAUCUUGAAAGUCCAGAUUCUGCAAUUAAGCUUGACUUGACCGUGGACUCCCUGUCCCGAUCUUCCUCCCCAAACAUCAGCUCCUACAGUGAAAGUGGAGUUUACAGCCAAGAAUCAUUGACAUCUUCUCUAUCUACAACUCCCCAGGGCAAAAGAAUAAUGUCAGACAUAUUUCCUACAUUUGGAUCAAAGCCUGGCCCAACAAGACUUUCUUCAGCAAAACAUAAAAACUCUCAUAUAGCUGAACAAAGCCCCAGUGCAGGGAUCAUGGCCUCCAAUGUAAGCAUAAUCGGUCAGCGUAUAAACUAUGGGUGUGGAUGUAGUGAUUUUGAAGAUGAUAAAUUACAUGAUAUUUCACCAAAUAGUCUAAAAAUACAGAAUAAAGAACACCCAAGACAUAAGCACCCAAAAGGAUGUGCAGGGUCAACAACAAAUAUACAGCAAAUUUCCAGUUUUGACUUGACAUCCACAAAUACCUUACCGGAAGACUCAGUAGUAGUUGUUGGAAAAGGUGUAUUUGGAAGCCCACAUUUGGCACCAGCAACCUACAGCCAAUCAGUGAUACCUUCUGUGGAAAAUGGGGAGACAUUUUCUAUUAAGCAAAGCUUUGAACCACCUUCAGGGAUUUAUGGAAGAGCUCUCCAGCAAAGUGUUCCCGCAUAUCUUGAUACUGAGAAUGAAAGAAAUAUUAAAGUUUCAAUUUCAAAAUCUACUUAUGAUAAGAUGAGACAAAAGAGAGAAGAAGAGAAAGAACUUUUUGACAUUAAAGAUUGUGAGAAAAAAGAACAGUAUCACUGGGAUCGAGUAAAACAUGCAGGAACUGAGAAAAUGAUGUCUGAAAGUACAGUAUCUCCUGGGGCCAUCCCACAAUAUAAAGAAAGGAUGCCGUCUGUCAUGCAUAGUCCAGAAAUAAUGGAUUCAUCAGAACUACGGCCAUUUUCCAAACCAGAAAUAGCACUGUCAGAAGCUCUAAAGCUUUUAGGUGAUGAAGAUUGGGAGAAGAAAAUUGAAGGAUUGAAUUUUAUUAGAUGCUUAGCUGCCUUUCAUUCUGAAACACUGAACACAAAGUUGCAUGAAGCAAAUUUUGCAGUAGUUCAAGAGGUGAAAAAUUUGCGCUCUGGAGUUUCUCGUGCUGCUGUGGUCUGUUUAAGUGAUCUUUUCACUUACUUGAAAAAGAGCAUGGAUCAAGAGCUAGACACUACAGUAAAAGUCUUGUUGCAUAAAGCGGGAGAAUCAAAUACAUUUAUAAGAGAAGAUGUUGACAAAGCAUUGAGGGCAAUGGUUAAUAAUGUAACCCCUGCACGUGCAGUCAUUUCUCUUAUCAAUGGAGGACAAAGCCAUUUACACAUAGCAGUAAGAAGAUGCACAGCACAGCACUUAGCGGAUGUAGUGGAAUUUAUGGAACCAGAACGUAUUUUAUCUGGAACAAAGGAUAUGGCUGAUCGUAUGUUACCAGCUGCUGCUAAAUUUGCCCAGGACAGUUCACAAGAAACCAGGUAUUAUGGCCGAAAGAUGCUUUUUCUCAUGAUGUGUCAUCCUAACUUUGAUAAAAUGAUAGAAAAGUAUGUUCCCUCUAAAGAUUUACCUUAUAUUAAGGAAUCUGUUAAAAACUUACGGCAAAAGGGCUUGGGGGAGAUGCCAGUAGAUACUCCUUCAGCGAAAGGAAGACGUUCUCAUACAAGCAGUGUGGGAAAUGCCAGGUCAUCAUCUGUUUCUAGAGAUGUUUUCAAUCCAGCUGAAAGAGAGGUAACUGAAGUUCGUGAAGUCACCAAAAAGUCAAUUCCUCGUAAUUCUAUAGAAAGUACUGAGUACAUUAAAGUCAUAACAGGGUUAUUAAAUGCAAAAGACUUCCGUGAUCGUAUUAGUGGGAUUAAGCAGCUUCUAUCAGAUACUGAAAGCAAUCAGGAACUUGUUGUUGGAAACAUUGUGAAGAUAUUUGAUGCUUUUAAAUCUCGGCUUCAUGAUUCCAAUAGUAAAGUAAAUCUGGUGGCUCUCGAGACCAUGCACAAAAUGAUUCCUUUGCUUAGAGAUAAUUUGUCUCCAAUAAUCAACAUGCUAAUUCCUGCAAUAGUAGAUAACAACCUGAAUUCAAAGAACCCAGGGAUCUAUGCUGCUGCCACAAAUGUUGUUCAGGCACUAAGUCAGCAUGUAGACAAUUAUUUGCUUCUGCAGCCAUUUUGUACAAAAGCUCAGUUUUUAAAUGGAAAAGCAAAACAGGAUAUGACUGAAAAGCUUGCUGAUAUUGUUAUGGAACUCUAUCAAAGGAAGCCCCAUGCCACGGAACAAAAAGUGUUGGUGGUUUUGUGGCACCUCUUAGGGAACAUGACAAACAGUGGCUCUCUGCCUGGAGCUGGAGGAAAUAUACGAACAGCCACUGCUAAAUUAUCAAAAGCACUUUUUGCACAGAUGGGUCAGAAUUUAUUGAAUCAGGCCGCAUCUCAGCCACCACAUAUCAAAAAGAGUUUAGAAGAAUUGCUCGAUAUGACAAUUUAAAAGGAAUUAUGAAUCUUAGCUCUGAAAUAUGGUAUGAUGAACAAAACUGUUUACAUGACAAAUGGAGCUUUGUUAAAGUUACAUUUUCAGUGCCUGUACUUCUCAUCCAGUAAAUUAAGUAAAUGGCUAUUUUUAUUUUUUAGCCUGUAAGUCCACAUUUGUCCAAUAUCAGCCCUACCACUUGUAUAAAAGUACAAAUACAAAUUAUAAUUAUUAUAACCUAAUAUUCAUAAAAUGUUAGGUCAUGUGGAAUUAAUGCAAUUUUAAUAUUUUGGAGAAAAGUCCUGCCCAUUUGCACUAUUCUAUAGAAUCUGCAAAUUAUCACCCUAUAUGUACAAUUAGAUUUGUAAUUAAAAAAUAUACUUUUUAUUAUGUAAUCAUGUUCUGCUAUGUCUCAUUACUCAGCAUUAUUUUAAGAGGUGGAAGAAAGGUCAUUGAACUAUGUUAUCACAAACAUUUAAGCUUUGUGUGCUAUUUUUGGAAAACAUGUAUUCCUGAAAUCAGUUUGCUAAUAUGAUUGUGCAGUAUUAGCUUGCUUUUGCUGCUGUGUUGAUGUGAUAUAUUUGCUUAUCUUUUGGGCUUAAUCAUCUAUUUAAUUAUGAAAUUUAGCAAGUUAAUAAUAAAGCAUGAUGACCAAAGUUUUAGGAAACUUAAAACAUUUUAAAUGCACGUUUUAAAAAACGUGUUGAAUGUAACGUCCUUAUUUUUGUGUGGAAAGACUAAAUUUUAUUUAUAUAUGUCACAACAUUUUAAAAGGUGUUAUUUUGCUGCCCAUUUGUGUAAUUCUCAAAAAUAGUGCCAGGUGUCCUAUAGCUUUCCUCAGAAUUCUUGAGCUAUACGUACUGUAUGCAUCUUUAAAAAAAGAAAAGGAAUGUUAUAAAAUAAAAAGAAUUUAUUUCUGUA